AUGGCCGACGGACCCAACGAAUUUCAACUGGAACAACCACCUUCAGACGGAAUUUCGUCCGUCAAAUUCAGCCCCAACCCGGCUUCAUUUUUAGUGGUGUCAUCAUGGGAUACAGUAAGAAUCUCUUCCUCUGAAUUAACUUCUUUAACGUUAAAUCUGUUAGUUUCGUGCGACUUUAGUUCAGUCUGUUUCCUAACACUUUAAGUUUUCUACCAUACUUCCAACAGACAGUCAGACUUUAUGAUGUCCACAACAACAACAUGCGUCUUAAAUAUAACCACCCAUAUGCUGUGCUAGAUUGUUGUUUUCAAGACGGUGUGCACACUUUUAGCGGAGGACUUGAUAAUACUCUGAAAGUGUAAGUACGACCUAAGCGAUAAUCUACGCUUCAUCUAACCAGGGAUUGCAGUGAUUAGUGUUUAAAAAGAACUCUGUUGAAAAAUCUUCCAUCUGAAUUUACUAUUUCCCUCUUGUUGGUCUUGAAUAGUUGUUGGUGUUUAGUGUAAACUAUUUGAUACAGAAAGCCUUAGGAGAAGGUUACAAAACCACUGCACAUUUGUAAAUAAUGCUGUGGCCUUAUUUUUUAUCGGAUACGACCAUGUAGCCCAUACAUCAUGUACCACUGAAAGAAAUGAAGGAAAAGUAGAAUGAAUCAAAUUGUGAUAAUACCUGUUCUUUUGCUAGAAUUGUAAAUUAUUGACUUGAAAAAGGCCAACCUGGUUCAAGAAAAGAGGUGGAGUAGUCGAGGGAGGCCACAGAUAAAAAAAACCCUCUAUAUUUAAGGAAAUUGUGAGACUCUUUAGAUUUUGAUGACUAAAAAAAUGAGCAUUUUUAAACUGGUUUGAAAUAUUUGAAUGUCUACACCACUUACACCUAUAAGCUUGUAUAUUGGGAAUCAAUUAUUUUUAAAGCAAAAAAGGGGAAGCCACAUUAUGUAGCCACACAACUUGACUUGACGAUCUUGUACUUUAUGCGAGUUGUGUCUACACUAUAUUUGUAACUGUAAAAAUAACAAUAAAUGUGUUUGUUUGUUUGUUUGUUUGUUAACAGUUGUUUGGGAAAUGCAGCAUACUUCAGCAUCAAACUUUUGUUAUUUUAAAUUAUUGAUUGUUUCUUCAGUGUAGAUCUAAACACUUCAGCUGAACAAGUUUUAGGAAUGCAUGAUGAUGCAAUUAAAUGCGUGGAGCACUGUCCAACUCCUGGUAUGAUAACAUGAAAAUUGCAAAUUUAACUACAGUAGGUGUAAUCAUUACUUAUGCACUGUAAUCUGUAGGGGUUCUCUUCAAGAUAUACCUAACCCUUUAACUCCCUAAGAGUGACUAGCUUCUAAUUUCUCCUUUUAGUGCCACCUCUGAAUCAAACAUUAAGGUCAUGAGAAUAUUGGAAAUGAUCAACAAGUACAGGAGCUCUUGAUUGUUAAGCAAAAUCUCCUUUUCAGCACCUUAGGAAAUGUAUAGAAACAGUAUGGAGAAUAUGCAUACUGAUCUUAGGGUAUGUAGGGUAUUAUACUGAAGACGUUAGUCUUAACAAGUAACCAUGGGAAACUGUGCUAGAAACUGAAUGACUUGAAGAAUUAUGACAACCACUUACAGACUUGGGUGAUACAUUUUUUUAAUCAGAUUUUUAUAUAGCUGUGGUGUUCACAUUUUGUGCAUGUUUCUCUGAUCUGGGCAACAGACAAAUAUCCAGAGUCAGGCUUGAAUGCAGUAAUUUACAAAUACCGGUAUUUGUUCACUUCAAGGGUUAAUUGCAACUGGUAGCUGGGACAAGUAUGUCAAACUUUGGGACCCAAGAACAAAUCAGUGUACUGGAUCAUAUGAGCAACCUGAAAAGGUCUGUAACUGUGUAACUGUAGUCUGUGAUGGAUUUCUAUUGUCAGAAGUCCACUUUGAUUUUAGCAGAUGCCAACUAGAAAGGAAUUCAACAAUGUAUUUAAAUCAAACCUACUGCUCUGUAUCACAAUUACAUAGUACUAAAUUUGUCCAUUAUAGUUUGGUUUAGGUCCUUCUUGCUUUAAUAAAUGGCGCUUAACAUUCAUGCCACGAGAAAUUUAGAUAUAAGGGUUUGAAUAUUAUUAAAGUUUGGAAUCCAAGACAUUCAUAGUGACAUGAUGUAAUGAUUGAUGUCAUCAAUCUUCUAACUCCCAGAAGUGAUUAAAAUGUAAUUUCUCCUUUUAAUAUCCAUACAUUCUCUAGCAAAUAGGUAAUGUGAAUAAUCAAACUUAUCAGAUUGAAAUUGUUAUCUUGAUCUGAAAACAAAUUCUUGUAACUGAUUUACAAGGAAAUAUGCAGCAGCUAAAGAGGAGAAUUAACAAUCACAUCUUUGGAAUGAAUUAAUUACCUGGCCAUCCAUAGAACUCUGACUGGUGUAUAAGUACAGAAGGGUGUAAGUGCUAAAAGAUAUCCUUUGACUGAAUAUGUUUUGGUUGGUUGUCUUAGGUUUACACAAUGGCUUCAUCUGAUGAGCGUCUUGUUGUUGGCACAGUAAGUACUAUAAAAUGGAUACAAAUAAAUUCAGUCACUGUCAUUUCUUUUUUCACUUCCCAUCUGGCCUGAGGGUUAAUGAAAUUUUACAUUUACAGAACCAUAAGUGAGCUUAAUUAAUUUUCAGUUCAUGUUGCUCUCUUUUAGGCUGGAAGGCGUGUUAUGGUAUGGGAUCUCAGGAACAUGGUAAGACCAAAAUAAUUAUGUUUUUAAGCUGCUAACAGUGAUUUGUAUAAAAGAUCAAUGCUAACAGAUACCUGUUUAGAGAAAUGUCUCUCUUUAAAACUAGAUAUCUGCAGUUACCCAUAACUUAGCUCUGGUCAAUGUACAUCCAUUUUGAAUCUAUAUCUCUAUUUGGAUAAUGCCAGCAAAUAAGAUAUGUCUUGGUUGGGAUUCUGACCAAUGUAAGUGCACUGGCUGAGUUUCAUUAAAUAAUCAAUUAAUAAAUUAGAUUAUUUGUACCCAUCAUUGAUGCACAUUUUUCACAGACAUAUGUACAACAAAGAAGGGAAUCUAGUCUGAAAUACCAAACAAGAUGUAUCCGCACUUUCCCAAAUAAGCAAGGUAAUUUUUAACUUUAUAUAAGACUGGUUAUUAUGUGAUAAUUUGGUUUUCACAUGCAAGUUGAUAAUGUAAAUUGGCCAUGGUAAAGAGUUCCUAAAGCUGACACUUCAUGUGUUUGCCCUUUGUCAGUACAAAUGACGAAGGGCUAAUGCUUGAAACAUCAGCUUUUGGAACCCUAUACGGUGGCUAAUUUACAUUUUCAAAUUAGUUGAUAAAACCAAAUUAUCUUGCUGUAUCUUCCCAACCAAUGCAGCACCACAGUUUCUUUUGAAACUUACCCCAUUUAUUCAUUGGUUAUUGUGUGACUUACUUCAUUUCUCUUCCAGGUGUUUGGUUUAACUUGGGGAACACUAGUUUUUCUGCAUUGCUUUCAUGUAUACAUGUGCAGGCAAACCUUGGCUGUCCAUACUUUAGUUGUUUAAGCUAGGCUCAGUUUCACCAGGAAGUGUGUUAGUUGGUGUAAUCAACAAAAUUGUCAUACAGUUAAAUGAGUGCAUUUGGACAAAUGAAGAGUACCAUUUUGACAGUGACAAUCCUUUUUGUACAGAAAGUUGCAUAUAGUCACAUUGAAUCACUAGUAACACCUUUCUAUGACCUUUGGUAUCACAGGGUACGUGUUGAGCUCUAUUGAGGGCAGAGUAGCUGUGGAAUACUUUGACCCAAGCCCAGAAGUUCAGAAAAAGAAAUAUGCCUUUAAGUGCCACCGAAUCAAAGAAGAAGGAAUGGAAAAUAUAUAUCCUGUUAAUGCUAUAUCUUUCCAUAAUGUGUGAGUAUUGUAUGCCUCUUUCAUGUUCAAUCUGAGGAAACCCCUGGUAACUUGAAGACUUGGGGGUACUAAGUACCACUAACCUACACCUGCAUGAGCCUAAUGAAUUGAAUUGAUUGCUGGAUUACCCUGUAAUAUUAUGCCAAUCAUUAUUGUUUAGUAUUGUUUUAGUAGGCACACUUUCAGAGCAAAGAAAUUUUUGACAGAAAAUUAGAAACAUCUGAAUACACAAAACCUGUAGGUUUCAAUUAAUGUGAAUUGAUUUUCCUUUUUGGCUCACUUACUUGUUGACGUGCCAUUAUCUGUGACCCUGGACUACUUGUUACCUUUCAGAUCUCCUACAUUUCGAUAUUGCUCUUUUUCGUUAUUUCACUUUUGGAACAUUCUGUCCUAAAUCCUUUUUUUGUCCAUGAGUUAUUUGUGCAUUUGUCUCAGUAAUGUUUCUUGGCAAUCAGGGUUUACUACCAGAUCUGGGCUCUGUUGUUCAAAGGGCAGAUAAUGCAAUCCAGUGGAUAAGUGUGAACAAAACAUACGGCGCUACCCACUGGAUAGUGAUUUAUCCAGUGGGUAUUGUUAUCCACUGUUCUAACCACCAGAGCCUGAUGAGUUAAUUAAUGUGUAUUUUACCACUCCAAUCAUUUUCAGACACAACACAUUUGCCACUGGUGGUUCAGAUGGUUUUGUAAAUAUUUGGGAUGGCUUCAAUAAAAAGCGACUUUGCCAGGUAUCAGUGAAUAUAUUAAAAAAUUACAUCUCUUACCAUUAACCUGUGUAGCAGGUAAUGCACAACAAAAUGGUGGAAAAGUACCCAAAUAAAGUUCAAAUUAGAAAUCCUAUGGUCAGUGUUAAGAAAGAAAAAUAUUUAUUUGAAGUUUGAUAUGGAGAUACUUUUCCAUAGUACUACCUGAUUUUAAAGGAGGAACUCUUUGUCUUAGUUUCCCUAUCACAAAACAGUUAUGAGAACUACUGUCAUUUGCAUCUUCUGUUGAUUUCUUCCAUACAUAACCAACCUUGUUCCCUCAUUUUAAUGUUAAUUCUUACAUUCUUCAUGUUAGUGUUAUUUCAAAUUGCUUUUGAUAAUAUUAAUAACAAUUAAGAUUUGUGCAGCACAAAUUUCAUGUAAGCAUGAUCAAAUGCACUCUACAGUUUCAAAUAUAUUUUCUGUCCCAUGAAAACAGCUCACAGUGUUGUGACAUUAAAAUUACAGUUUAAGAUGAUUCUGCAAGGCCUGGUCAUUGUAAAAGAUCAUACAUUAAUCAUGUCUAAUUAAAUUUUCAGUUUCAUCGUUACCCAACCAGUAUUUCAUCAUUGAGCUUCAGUAAUGAUGGCAGCCUGCUGGCCAUAGCUGUGUCUUACAUGUAUGAAGAGGAUGAGAAGGAGUAAGUUACAUCAUAUUAAUAUACAAUUAUAGUGCUAUGAUAUUAUGUUCCAUCCACCAUUUUGCCAAGAGCUACAAAUGCACAGAACCUUUGAGAUAACAGGUGUCAUGAUAGUUAGAUAAUGAAACAUAGUGCUCCUUUAGGUUACAUGUUAUCCUUUGUUUGGCUGGAAAAAAAAUAGACAUCUCACACUGUAUUUUACAAACUGGACAGUUAGCUUGGUUAGCAUUUUGCAAAGUCACAUCAAGCUUUAGUUGACGCAAAACAUUUUAUUUCUUUUACUAGACAUCCAGAAGAUGCCAUUUACAUUAGGCGAGUUUCUGAUGCAGAAACAAAACCUAAGUAA